AUGUUUCAAAAGUACUCUCGUUUAUAUCCCAUUCUGCCUGAAGCAGAAGAGGUAAGCCCUUAUGCUGAAGGGACUGUUCAAGAAAAUUCUGUUUUUGGGAUCUACGACGAUAAAGGAAUCUUCCGGAGGGUAGCACUUCCUGUAACUUGCAAAACGAGAGAUCGAAGUCUCAGCUAUUCGUACGGCGAUUUCGAUCACUAUCAACACUUCAAUCCAAGGGGGCCAGAUUCGCGAGGCACGUUGGAAGAAUUGAGAGAAAGAAUUGACAGACAGGAUACAACAAUGCCCAUAUAUGAUGAUAUGAGACAGUCAAGAACCAAACCGCAAAAUUUCAGUUUUAGCAAAUACGGGCACUUAAAAAUUGAUUACUCCUGCAGUUGGAAUAAUCUAAAUAAAUUUAUGAAGUACAACUAAAAUAAAAUUGUAACGGUUAAUUUAAAUAUGUGGAAAAUUUAAUCGAG